AGCUUGUGAUAAGAGCUGUUGCGCUCUAUCUUUUAUCGUCAUUCUUCUCAUUCAGAGUUUGCUUCGUGUACAAUUCACCGAGGGCACGGGCAAAGAAUAUGAACCGAGGAGGGCCCAGGGAAGCACUUUGAAACGGAACAUAUAUUUCACACAACCCGAGUAGCCAUGGCCAAAAUCCACCAGAGCAUCCAAGGAGUGUUGGCCUUCUUUGAUCAGUAUAAGGGUGAGGAUGGCGUUUUGGACAAGAAGGAAUUUAGAGCAAUCGUCGAAAAAGAGUGCAAGGGGAACAUUGAUGAAAGCGUUCUGGAUAAGCUCUUUGACAGGUUGGACCAGAAUAAAGACGGCAAGCUCGACAUGGAAGAGUACAGCGCCGUCGUAGGUCUACUGAUCAAAGCUUGCUAUUAUAAAAAAAUCGGUGAAGGGCGUUGCGCUGGCAAGGGCUCUUGCAAGUAACGGCUCACAAUCAUCGCUUUUCUUUUGCCCACCAAAUUUGACUGCCAUCAUUCUCAGAUAAGCAAGAGAAAUCUGUCCCAUGGUUUGUUUUGUUUCUCUUGAUCUUGGCCAGACAAUAAAAAGCAAUCAAGAUC